AUGUUCAGCACAAAGGUCUGGCUUCCACUCCUCCUCCUGGCAGGCUCCUCCCUCGCCCUACCAGAGCCGGACCACAUCGAGCUCGUGCCCCGACAGUCCUCGAGCGCAACCUGCAGCGUGGCCUCGAGCUACCCAACCGUGAGCGUCGCCAGCCUCCCGGACCCGUUCAUCACGGCGGCCGGCCAAAACGUCACCACCAAGGCCGAGUUCGACUGUCGCGCCCAGGAGAUCAGCAAGAUCUUCCAGCAGUACGAGCUGGGCGACUACCCGGGCCCCGCCGACUCCGUCAAGGGGACGCUCUCUGGCAACACGCUGACCGUGGCCGUCACCGUGGGCAGCAACUCGGUCAGCUACACGGCGUCCAUCUCGAAGCCUUCGGGCAACGGGCCGUUCCCUGCCUUCAUCACCAUCGGCGGCGCCUCGAUCCCCAUCCCGGCCGGCGUGGCCACCGUCAACUUUAACAAUGAUGACUUUGCUGCCGAGGACUCGCCUUCUUCUCAUGGUGUCGGCAAGUUCUUCACGCUCUUUGGCGCCAACCACAGUGCUGGUGCGUUGACGGCGUGGGCCUGGGGCGUUGAUAGACUGAUUGAUGCCUUGGAACAAGUCAACGCAACGUCCGGCAUAGAUACGUCACGUCUUGGUGUGACAGGCUGCUCGCGCGACGGCAAAGGUGCCUUCAUCACCGGUGCUCUGGUCAAACGGAUCGUCUUGACUGUACCGCAGGAGAGCGGAUCAGGAGGUGCAGCGUGCUGGCGCAUCAGCGACUCUCAGUUCGCAGCAGGCGCCAACAUCCAGACCGCCCACGAGAUCGUGACGGAAAACGCCUGGUUCUCCCCCCGCUUCAACGCCUACGUCAACGAGACCUCCUCUAUCCCUGAGGAUCACCACAUGCUCGCAGCCCUGAUCGUGCCCAGGGGUCUGUUCGUCAUUGAGAACGACAUCGACUGGCUGGGCCCCGUCUCUACGACGGGGUGCAUGGAGGCAGGGAGGGUCAUUUACAAGGCGUAUGGAGUCCCGGAUAAUUUUGGGUUCUCGCUCGUCGGCAACCAUGCCCACUGCGCGUUUCCCAGCGCGCAGACCACGGACCUGGACACGUAUAUCAACUACUUCUUGCUCAAUAGUAGUACAGCCCCUGGGGACAUUCAAGUUAGUUCUAGCCAGGUGAAUCUGAGCCAGUGGGAUGGGACCUGGAAUGUUCCAACCUUGACUUGA